UCUGUAUGAGGUCUCAGGUCAAACACAAAGUUAUCUUUUAGCUUGAUUCUUCCUUUCUUUCCUAGAUUGUUCUUCCUGUCCUCCCACAUACGCAUUUCGGACCAAACAAAAACAGGUAGCUUUCUGGGUUCUUGUCUUCAUGCGGUAUUCCCGUAGAAUCCAGUUCUUUGUCGACCUUCUAUGCAAUGCUUUACGUAACUUUCUUCAGAAUCAAAGGACACAAAUCCUUCCCCAUUAAAUACACCCUUAUCAGCUUUACAUCCCUGCUUGUGUUGUGUAGCAGGCUAGACAAAGAUAGACAGAGCAAGUGGAGACAACAUGGGAUUGCACAGGUAUAGUAUGUUGCUAAUGUUUUGGGUUUGUAUUGCAAGCCAAGGUUUUUUGUGGAAGGGCGUGGGUGGGUUUGCUGGGAAUUGGGGAACUCGCUCUACGCAUCCCCUUCCGCCAAAAAUAGUAGUGCAGCUGCUAAAGGACAAUGGGUUCAACAAAGUGAAGCUGUUUGAGGCAGAUCCUGUGGCACUCAAGGCUCUGGGUCAUUCAAGCAUUGAGGUGAUGGUUGGCAUACCCAAUGACCUCCUGGCUUCUCUUGCAAGUAAUGUCAAUAGUGCUGUGGCUUGGGUCUCCCAAAACGUAUCCACUUUCAUCUCCAAAAAUGGUGUUAAUAUAAGGUACGUUGCAGUGGGUAAUGAACCUUUUCUUAAGUCCUACAAUGGUAUGUUUGUGCGAUCCACAUUUCCAGCCCUCCAGAACAUUCAAGCAGCUCUUAUAAAAGCUGGGUUAGGGAGGCAAGUGAAAGCAACUGUCCCUCUAAAUGCUGAUGUGUAUCAGAGUGAUAGUGGUCUGCCAUCAGGAGGAGACUUUAGGCCUGAUAUUCAUGACCAAAUGAUGGCCAUUAUCAAGUUUCUGAACCAAAAUGGUGCUCCUCUCACCAUCAACAUCUAUCCUUUCCUAAGCCUUGACGCUGAUCCAAACUUCCCAAAAGAAUUUGCCUUCUUUAAUGGCUCUGCACAACCAGUAGUUGAUGGCUCCAAAACUUACACCAAUGUUCUAGAUGCCAACUUUGAUACCCUUGUUUCCGCUCUUGAAAAGAAUGGUUUUGGCUCAAUGCCCAUCAUAAUUGGGGAGGUAGGGUGGCCUACGGAUGGAAACUCCAAUGCCAAUGUACAGAAUGCCCAGAGGUUCAAUCAAGGGUUAUUUGAUCGUAUUGUUAAAGGGCAAGGUACCCCAAAGAGAUCAACCCCGCCGGAUAUCUAUGUGUUUGGACUUCUAGAUGAAGAUGCUAAGAGUACUGAACCAGGAAACUUUGAGAGACAUUGGGGGAUUUUCAACUAUGAUGGGUCUCUGAAGUACUCCUUGGACUUGGGUAGUGGGAAAUCACUAGUUGCUGCAAAAGGGGUCAAGUAUUUGCCAAAACAAUGGUGUGUAAUGUCACCGCAAGCAAGUAUUUUAGACCCAAAUUUCGCUAAGAGUAUGAGCAAUGCCUGCACAUAUGCUGAUUGCACAAGCAUUUCUCCUGGAUCUUCUUGUGGGAAUUUGGACACUAGGGCCAAUGCUUCUUAUGCCUUUAACAUGUACUACCAAACCAUGGAUCAGCGCAAGGAUGCUUGCCAGUUUAACAAUCUUUCAAUGAUCACUAAGAUAGAUCCUUCUCCCUCUCAAAGUGCCUGCAAAUUUCAAAUCAUGAUUGAUCUGGGGAAACAUGACACUAAAUCCACUUCAUUGGCUGCCCCAACGAUAAAGAUGAACUCAAUGGUCAUGCUGGUAUCAAGCUUCAUGAUCAUCAUUCCACUAUCUCUGUGGAUCUGAAUUUAUUUACUCGUUGUUGUUUUUAUUGUUGUGCACAGUUGCUCUUGCACAUCAUCACGGUUUCCUUUUGUGCAGUUUUAUGUUCAUCAAGAUUUUCAGUCCCUGUGUAAUCGGUUGAUUGUUGAAAUGAUCUUAUUCUUUA